GUUAUAAACUUUGCCGGUUGUAAUCGAUCUGCGAAGGGGUUCAGUUGGUGAAAUGAUUUGCUACAACUGGCACGGGGCGGAGCCAACACCGUACAGCGCGCUUGUAUUGCUGACUGACAUCCUAUAACGCGCACUGUUUCACGCACGCUCUUGCCCGACUGCCGGCGUCUCGCCCACAUGUGGUCAGUUCACUUUUGUCCGUCAUAUAAGAAAUUUUAGCACUUUUCCACAAUUUCUGCAUGGACAUGUAAGAAUUGCUUACAAGCGUACGCGAUUUCGAACAUGCAUGUGAUUGGCAGCACUUGUUUACUGCAUGUUAUGUUUUUUCCUCCAUGUUUGACCAUGUGGCAUUAAUACCAUGCAACUAACUGAUUUUAUUGCGCUCUUUAAGGAAGUUAUAUUGUGAUUAAAUUACAAUUAUAAAACGCACAAUAUGCCGGUGGCCCAGCAAGAUGCUGCAUGUGAGCGCUACGAUACCCGUCAUCACUCUCAGCACCACCAACGGAUUAAUAAUAAUUUAUCAACAAUAAUGCGGUCGUAUAACCGUACACCAUCCGAGCCUUUCUUUUGGAAAUAUGCUCUAACGACUCUCUUAUUACUUUAUUGCAUAUUGAAUACUGCCGCUGCCAAAGCGCCUGUGAUUCCAGUUUUAGGCAGACAAGUGAUUUUAUUGGACACCACUCAGGAGGCACAAUUGGGAUGGAUGAAAUUGCCGCCCUCUGACGUCACGUUACAAACGCAAGGAUGGCUAGAGGAAAGCUAUACGCAUUUCGAGCACGGCAUCAAUUGGCGCUCCUACGUGGCCUGCGACGUCGCCUACGACAACGUCAACAACUGGCUAUGGACGCCAUAUAUAGACCGGCAGGACGGCAACCGGCUCUUCAUCGAAGUCAAAUUCAGCAUGCGCGACUGCUCCCUCUUCCCGGGGAAAGUGCGCUCCUGCAAGGAGACCUUCUCACUCCUGUACCAUGAAGUGACGGACCCCUCCGAAAGGUCACGGCCCCCAACCGACCCCGAUGCGUACACGUUGAUCGACCGUAUUGCCGCGGACAAAGGUCGUUUCACAUCCAACAACGACAUGGUGAUCAACAUGGAAGUGCGGGAUAUUCCUCUGUCAAAGAACGCAAAAGGCGUCUACUUCGCUUUCCAAGACCAAGGGGCGUGCAUUUCCGUACUGGCCGUCAAGGUGUACUACAUCACCUGCCCUAAUGUGACCAUCAAUUCGGCUGUUUUCCCAGAAACACCGACUGGACCCGACGUGGCGUCCAUUGCGGAAACGUUCGGCCAGUGCCUUCCGAAUUCGGUACAGAUCGAACCGCCGAAGUACUUGUGCAAGAGUGAUGGAUCGUGGUAUUACAUGACCGGAAGUUGUCUCUGCAUGCCGGGCACCGAAAGGGUGCAGAACACAUGCAAAGCAUGUCCAGUUGGCAAGUAUAAAACGGAGAUUGGCGAUGGCUCUUGUCUUGAUUGCCCGGAAUUCAGCACUUCUAAUUCCCCGGGGGCUGCUGAAUGUCGAUGCCAAAAGGGAUUUUUCAGAGCCCCUUCAGACACCAAGUCUAUGGCUUGCUCGCAACCACCGAGUGCUCCGCAGAACGUUACGGUUGAGACUUUUGACCAGACAUCAAUUGUGCUGAAAUGGAACAGACCGCUGUCCAAUGGCGGUCGCUCGGACGUCGUCUACAGAAUCGGUUGCGAUAUCUGCGGCAGCACGGUCAUGUACAGUCCGAGCCAGAGCGGUUUCAAUGGGACGCGGGUCAGGGUCACCGGUCUAAAACCACACACCCGCUACUUUUUCACCAUCUACUCGGAGAACGGCGUAUCCGAACUCAGUCAGGAAGCGAAGUACGAAAGAAUCAGCGUGACGACAGCCGGAGAAAUUCCCGCUGAUACCUCGUUGGUGUUAAAUGUCCAAGCCGAAUACCUGGGCAACAACAAAGCCAAACUUAUGUGGCAUACCGUCUCUGGCUUCGACGACAACAUCAACCUGUAUGAAAUCCAGUACGCCGUUGCCGGCACAAAGCCGCCCAUCAACGUCACCACGAUGAACAGCGCCAUGCUCUUCGACCCGCUCAUCUCCAACACGGAGUACAACUUCCGGGUGCGCGCGCGUUCCGGCAGCACCUGGGGACCGUACAGCGACUUCGCCACGCUCUUCACCAACGCCGAACCGGUAAUGGAAUCGCAGGGUCCCGUCGCCCAAGUGGGCAUGAUUGCCGGCAUCACCGUGGCCUUGAUCCUCUGCGUCGUGCUUUUCGGUAUCAUGUUUUACAUGUUCUGGAAGCGCAACAACGACGGCUGCGGGAAGAAACAAGCCAGUGACUGCGAUACGCUAGAAUACCGGCAUGCGGAGAUCCCCUUUGAUCCCCACCAUCCGCAUCUCCUACACCCCAUCGGCAUGGGCACGCCGGUGUAUCGAAGUGGCGUGGUGCCGCGUACGUACGUUGAUCCGCAUACUUAUGAAGAUCCCACGCAAGCGGUCAGGGAUUUCACCCGGGAACUGGAUCCCUCGUUGAUCUGCAUCGACGCCGUGAUUGGUGGCGGGGAAUUCGGAGAUGUAUGCCGGGGAACGCUGUUGCUGCCGAAUAAGUGCUCCAUGACGGUGGCCAUCAAGACACUGAAUGCUAACCAUGCCGGGUCGAACGAAAAGGCAAAAGCGGACUUCUUGAUGGAAGCCACCAUCAUGGGCCAGUUUGACCACUCUAACGUUAUUUAUCUCCAAGGCAUUGUGACGCGGAGCAAUCCGGUUAUGAUCGUCACGGAGUACAUGGAGAAUGGAUCUCUUGAUGCCUUCCUGCGGGCAAAUGUUGGGAGUUUCCAGUCGAUCCAGAUGGUUCAUAUGCUCCGAGGAAUUGCGGCAGGCAUGAAUUAUCUCGCUUCAAAGAAUUACGUUCACAGAGAUCUUGCUGCCCGGAAUGUCCUAGUCAACAAAAACUUAAUAUGUAAAAUUGCGGAUUUUGGAUUAUCCCGAGAGAUUGAAUCCUGUUGCGAUGCAGCUUACACUACCAAAGGCGGCAAAAUACCAGUGCGAUGGACGGCGCCCGAAGCCAUCCAGUUCCGUAAGUUCACGACAGCCAGCGAUGUUUGGAGCUUUGGCAUCGUCUGCUGGGAGGUCAUGUCCUACGGGGAACGACCGUAUUGGAACUGGUCAAACCAAGACGUCAUUAAGUCCAUCGACAAAGGUUAUCGCCUGCCGCCACCAAUGAAAUGCCCGGAUUUGAUCUACCAGUUGAUGCUCGAGUGCUGGCAGCAUGAGCUGCUGCAGCGACCGACGUUCGGACAGUGUCUGCGAGCGCUGGAUAAGAUGAUUCGAUCGCCUUCGCAACUAUCCUUGAUUGCUCAGAAUGGGCAAUGGGGAGAUCACUUUGGGGAUGAUUCACAGGAGAUCGCUCCUGUAUUAAACGUGGAGGGAUGGCUGGACAGUUUGGGUCUUUCAUGUUACGUUCACCAUUUUGCCGGCAUCAACAGUCUGGAUGCCCUGGCCCGUCUCUCUCCCGAUGACCUGAGCCGCAUGGGUAUUAGCCUGCCGGCCCAUCAUAAAGCCUUGCUAAAUGGCAUUCUGACAUUAAGGGAGCAUCUCAACGCAAACGUCUCCGAGGGGUUUCUGGUCUAAGGGAUGCGAAUGACCUCAAGACCAAUACUGUUGCAUGUGAUAUGAUCUUCACGGAUAAGUCGAAGGAUGGGCAGAAUACAGCUGAUCGCAUGGCAGCUUUUCUUCUGCAAAAGAGUGGAAACCACGUGGAAUGGUUUGAAUUUUUUAUUUGAUGACUGCGGUGAAUGAUGUACAGAAUAAUACAAAGUGAAAGGGUUGAAGAUAUGAUUAAUACGGGCGUAUGACACACACCGGGAAUGUACCAAGUUUGCUCUAUGCCUUAAUUAUGUUUCGGGGUGGACACUGCGUUUAUUGUACUCGAUGUCUGUGUGUCCCUGUUUUUUUCUUUUGUAUGCCGAUGUCUUUCAUUGAUGAUGAUUGUUUGCUGAACACAUUGUUUUGCCUAGUAAUUAAUU